GUUACCUAGUCCUACGAAGCACGUUGACAGACGGACCACUAAUCCUGACCAGGCUGAAAUUCACAAACCCAAAGGGUCUAGGUUGAAAGCAGAUUAUAAUACGUCGUCAAAUGAUGAUCAAAAAUCAUCUACGGAUUUACAUGACAAGGAUGAUUUAGACCAUAAAGAAAUUAUGGUGGCUCUUGCAGCAUCCCUUAAAAAACGAGAAAAUCAAUUUUCAAAGUCGAUGGACAAGCGAUUCGAAUUAAGUAGGAUUACUGUAACCAAUGCUCUUGGGAGUUAUAUUGAGAAAGAAGAUAAUAUCACAACAAAAGUCGCGUCAGAAUAUAAGCACAGGAUGGAUGAAUAUGCCGAAGAAAAGCGAAAUUGUUUAAGGAAACUCCGAUUGGGGUUUGAAAAAUAUCAAUUAAUAAUGUCUGAUUUGCUCGAAGCGCUUGAUAAGAACCAUUCCCAGAGCAUGCGUGCACGAAGGGAUUUCGAGAAAGAUAUUACACACAUCCAAACAAUACAUCAAUCUGAGAUAACUAGAUUAUAUGAAGAAAUCGAAAAAACUACAUCGUGUUUCCAUAAAACCAUGGAAAGUGCAGCAAAAGUUCGAAUUUCACCAAAAGCCAUCAAUUACCAAGCAAUUCAAGUCACUUCUCAA